AUGGCUGACGGCAAGGCUCUCUGUUUCCGUUCUUUGGCAGAUGCAGAAAGCUUGCGCGAACGCUUGAAGUCUUUGUCUUCGGUUGCAAUCAUUGGUGCUGGCUAUGUCGGUGUUGAGCUGGCAGCAGGCUUGGCUGAGGUGCUUCCUGAAGCGGCAGCAGCAGGGCAAAUCGCGCUUUUUGGUUCUCGCUUUCUUCCAGGUUGUGAGGAGGCUAAUCAAAGGCGGAGUGCUGAAUUUGUUGACAAACUCGGGAUUGUCCGCAAAGAAGGUCGCGUAACCUCUGUAGAUGCUGAAGGAUUGACUUGGUCAAGUGCUGAUGGAGAAUCGAGGAAACACGAAUGCGACCUUGUCAUUGCCACGGGCGCGUUAGCUCCUUCCGACAGCAAGACGUGCCUGACGCUUCAGCUCACAGCCCUGCAGGACUCUGUUGAAAAAGGUCGAGCGGUCAUUGACGAAUACUUGCGUGUAGCUCCAGGUGUGUUUUGCUUGGGCGAUGCUUCUGCGGGAUCGCCAGCCACUGGACAGAUUGCGAUGCAACAGGCAGAAGCUGCUGCCUGGAACAUCUAUGCACAGCUUUCUGGUUUGCCGCGCGUUGCGUGGCGACGUUUCAAGCCAUCUGCCUUGGGAGAAUUCAUUGCUUUGGGAAGCACUGAAGCGGCUGGGGUGGUGGAAGCAAGUCAAAUGGGCAAUCUGUUGCCUCCAGCUUUGCCUCCUGCUGUAGCAAGACUGGCUGCUUCUGCAACUGCGGCAGUCAGCGAGAUUGGCUCUGCCAAGGUGGAUAUUGGUGGAAAGUCAGCUAGCCUUUUGCGCCGGCUUGCUUACCUUUACCGUCUACCCGGUCUACGACAUCGCCUGCGAGUUGCAGAGAAUUGGCUGCGACGCUCCUCCAGGGCCAGCGCCAGCGGAGAUCUCUCCGCCAAUGUGCGCUUGAUGCGGCCACCCUUGGUCCGCGAGACCUCUGCGUGGACUUUUGGCCGUGACCGUUUGCGCUUAGCUAGUCUGGUGCCAUUUGGGCAGAAGAAGGAAGUCAUGGAGAAGAUCGUCCUGGAGGACGAGCUCUCCGAGCGCCUGAACUGGACUACCAACUCCCUCGUGAAUGCCAAAAAGAAUGGCACGCCAUUUAGACAUCUCCUGCUCCAUGGUCCGCCUGGAACUGGAAAGACAUUGUUUGCUCGAACGCUGGCGAGACGGUCAGGUUUGGACUAUGCAAUCAUGUCUGGCGGAGAUGUUGGACCUCUUGGCAAAGAUGCGGUGGGCUGGGCUGGUUGCAAAGUGGUCGAGUUUGCCGAACGAACCAAGAAGGAAGCUGAGGAGCGUAGGAAGACGAGGGACGCUGAGGGUGGACGAGGUGGAGGCUUCAACGAUCGGCAAGACAUUGAAAGGAGGGAAGUGCCCGUAGACGACAGUGGCUAUGAUGAGUUUGGCCGAAGAAAAAAAACAACCGAGACAGGAUCCAAAGCAGAAAGGGCGGCAGCAGCUCUGGAGCGAUUGAAACAAAAACGCCAGGUGAACUCCGCGGCCGGACGCUCGCGCAGCCGUAGCGGAGAUGGCCGGGAUGGCCGGGAUGGCCGCAGGGCUCGGGAGCCCAAGGCGCCUCAUGCGGGAUUUCGUCCUCGUGGAGCCAAUCAUCGAGUUCGCAGUGACAACGCGAUGAAACGGAAGACUUCCAGGGAGAAAACUCUGCAGGGCAGCUACCAAAUGGCCCGCAAAACCUACCGAAGUGCACGAGCUGAACAAGCUGUUCCAGUGGGCCAACAACUCCAGGCCAUUGCCUCAGCUUCAGCUGCGAUGCCCAACUCACCCGAGACAACGGCACUGAGGAAGGGAUUGAUUCUGUUCAUUGAUGAGGCAGAUGCAUUUUUGCGAACAGGCCGCGGCUCUGAAAGUGGGGCCAUGAGUGAAGAGGCGAGAAAUACCUUGUCCGCUUUCCUCCAUCACACAGGAACAGAGAGCGACAAAUUUGUGGUUGUGCUGGCCACCAACAUUCGAGAGAUUCUUGAUAAAGCAGUGCUCGAUCGUGUGGAUGAGAGCUUUGAGUUCCCCCUUCCCAGCUUGAAGGAGCGACAACGGAUGCUCUCCAUGUUCAUGGAGGAACACAUUCAUAAGCCAACGAAGCGGGGCAAGGUGAUUCAGGUAGACGAGAAAUUGGAUGACUCCUUCCUGGAAGAAGUCGGCGCCUUUUUGGAAGAUGUCGGAAUCUUUUCAGCAGCAAAUGGCAUGGAACUCGUGUCCAGGUACCUGAGGCUCAUCAGUGCCGAUGGCCAUGAGUUCUUUUUGGACAGACGAAUUGCGUACGAAUGCGACACCUUCAAAAAGAUGGUGGAGAAGGAAGGCUUCAAAGAGGGUCAGACCAAUGAGAUCCAGCUCCCGACCAUCACCGGAAAGUUACUGGAGAAGGUCAUCGAGUACCUGUACUUCAAGUACAAGUACACAGAUGCAAAGGUACCCAUUCCCGAGUUCCCCAUCGAUGACGAUGUUGUCCUAGACUUGCUUUUGGUCGCGAACUAUCUGAACCUAUACUGA